AUGAUAGAGUCCGCUUUCAGUCAAAAGAGGGGAGAACCUGGAGACCGCAGCCAUCGUGGAGGAGGUCGAGGUGACGGAAGCAAACGCGACCGGUCAACGUCAGCCUAUGGCCGAGGGGGAAGGCCUACCGCCAAACGACAAUAUACUCUCCUCGCCAUUCAAAUUCAACGGCGAAAGGCUGACAUAGCCCACUUCAACAACGAACAAAAGUCUUUGCGAGCUAUGAUCAACAACGGGAAUUGUCUGUUGGGCGAUUUGAAUGAGAGGAUCAAGGUGGCCGAUGAAGAGCUGGAGAUCCUGUACAGCAACUCCCUCCAAUAA